GCAGUGUUUUGUGAAAAUAAUUUCAUCGAUUUUCCUUAGUAGAAUCAACAAAAAAAUUUCCGAGAAAAUCACUAAUUUUCCGAGGAAAGACUUGAGACCGAGAGAUUACGUCUGAUUAUUUUCUUAAAAUUUAAUUUUAAUUUGGCUCCCUACACAGUCCAUGGCCGAAGCAGAGAGUAAGGAAGAAGCACUCGAGACAAAACUCGUCGAUAAGGUCGGAGAAGCCAUCUCUGCUAUUGGCGACGCCAAGCACGUCGACCAAGUCAUCUCCGCUGUUCAUUCCGUCGCCCUUCUUCUCUUCCCGGUCGAUCCAACGACACGCAUCGGAGACAAGGUCUCUAGCUCCCUUGUUCCUUGUGCAAAAGAUGAGAGAAGUGAUUGGUCUCAAACGUUUUACCGAGGUGUUGCGUUUCCAACGUUUGCUCGCGUCUUGUUGCUUGAUGUUGCAUCGGAUUGGCUCUCUUGCUUCCCUGUUUCAGUUCAGAAACAUUUGUAUGAUUCGUUCUUCUUAGAUGGGCCUGUUGUCGAGGUUGUUCAGGUCUUGGUCCCGUUCCUACACCAUGUCGACAAAAAUUCUUCCGUUGAUGCCAAUUCUGUCCAGACCAAUGUGGAAAGAUUGCUUAUAUUGUGUUUGCUUGAAAACGCUGGAGUGCUUAAAAUGACUAAAGAAAUUGGUGAUUAUUAUCAAGGAGACAGUUCCAGGAACGGAAAUCUCAAGCCUUUGUUAUCAAGGCUGUCACAGAUACUGACCUCCAUUCCUGAUAAAGCACGGUUGAAAUCCCCGCCUUUGCUUUCCUCUCACUUAUACUUCAAGCACAUUACCAAUCAGCUUCUUCAAAUAUUAGACGACAGAGCUUCCUGCAAUGAGGCUAACAGCACAGAUAUUGUUUUAUCAUUUGUGGGGGAAAUGUUUUCCCGUAUCUGUCGACGCGGAUUAUCAGAUUUGCUGUUAAGUGAAGUAACACCUCAUGUCCUAGCUCAUGUUAGGAGAUUACUAAACUCAAAUAAGGGUUCUGUUGAGAUUGAAUCAUUUCAGUUGGAUCCUACAUCCCAGAUUUGGUCGAAAACUAUGGAAGCAGUGACUGAUCCAUAUGCUGUUGAGAAAAUGGCUGAACAACUCUUACAUCAGCUAUAUGCUGAGCAUGCAAGUGAUGUUGAAGCUUUCUGGACUAUUUGGACUCUGUUUCAUCGCAAUGUGAAACAUCAGGCAUCUGUGAGGUCCAUAUUUGUUGACAAAUUUUUGCUGUGGAAAGUGUUUCCUAUCCGUUGUCUGCGAUGGAUCUUACAGUUUUCGGUUCUUGAGUGCCCACCGGUUACUAAUACACUUGCUAAAGGUGACAUCACGCAAGGACUGCUUGAAACAACGCAGCGAAUAGCCUCAGUUUGGUCAAAAGGGGAGUUUCUGCAGUCUGUCCCAUUGGAGCAGCAAGCUUAUAUAACUGCAGCUCUUGGGCUUUGCCUGGAGAACAUGUCGAGAGAGGAACUAGAUAGAAAGAAGGAUGUAAUGCACAACAUUCUCCAAGGAGUUAGCUGUAGACUGGAGAACCCAGGAGAUCUGGUACGGAAAAUGGCUAGCUCUAUUGCCUUUAUGUUCUCUAAAGUUAUUGACCCGAAGAAUCUUCUCUACCUUGAUGAUUCAUUCACUGGGAAUGCAAUUGACUGGGAAUCUGAAUUGCAAACGGCCGUUGGAGGGGUCCGGUCAAUCACGAGUUCAAGGGAAAAUGGAGACGGUGAAACCAAAACAUCAGCAGACUCUAGCCGCAGAAACAAGGAGAAGAAGGAUCGCAAGAGCAAGGACAUAGCUAACUUUGUAUUGGCUGAUCCAGAUGAAAUGGUUGAUUUGGCUACUUUAAACUGUGGAACAGAGAGUGAUAAAGAUGAUGGUGAUGAUAACGCAAGUGUCAGCUCUGAUAACUCAAGUGUUACUUCUUUGGAGCCAUAUGAUCUGUUAGAUGAUGAUAAGGACUUAGGGAAACAGUUUACACAUUUGGUUGAUGUUGUUGGAGCUCUUCGGAAGACUAAUGAUGCUGAUGGGGUGGAGAAAGCGAUAUAUGUUGCAGAGAAGCUUGUGCGAGCAUCUCCGGAUGAACUGACUCAUAUAGCUGGUGAUCUUGCUCGGAUUCUUGUACAGGUUCGCUGCUCUGAUAUAACAGUCGAAGGUGAAGAAGAUUCAGCAGAAGAGAAGCGGCAAAGAGCUCUAAUAGCGUUGCUCGUGACCCGUCCCUUUGAAUCCCUGGAAACUCUUAACAGUGUUUUGUAUUCGCCUAACGUAGACGUAAGUCAGCGCAUAAUGAUACUUGAUGUCAUGUCUGAAGCAGCUCGAGAGCUUGCUAAUACCAGGACACUGAAACCUAAACACCAAGCACGUGGACCUCUGAUAUCGAAUAUCUCAGAUCCUCAACCCUGGUAUUUGCCUAGCGAUGCGAGUACCCCAUGGAAAAAGGUCGAGGAGACAGCAUCUUUUCAUCUUAACUGGGCCAACCGAUACGAGAGGGAGCUACAGCCGAAACCUGGACAGAAGAUGAAAGGGAAAACUCGAAGGUGGAGCCUGAGAUCAGGAGAUAGAGAUCAAAGUAGUACUGACUGGUCACAGAAUAGGUUUCCACUAUACGCAGCAGCAUUUAUGCUUCCAGCCAUGAAAGAGUUUGACAAGAAACGACAUGGUGUUGACUUGCUUGGUAGGGACUUUGUUGUCCUUGGGAAACUUGUUCACAUGCUCGGAGUCUGUAUGCAGUGUGCAUCAAUGCAUCCAGAAGCAUCUGCGUUAGCUCUCUCUCUUCUAGAUAUGUUACAACGAAGGGAAGUCUGCAAUCACCCAGAAGCCUAUGUCCGAAGGGCGGUUCUUUUUGCAGCCUCUUCUGUUUUGAUUGCUCUUCACCCUUCUUACAUAGUCUCAGCCUUAGCUGAAGGAAAUUUUGAACUUGCCAGAGCUCUUGAAUGGAUCAGAACGUGGGCUCUUCAAGUAGCUGACUCAGAUAUCGACCGAGACUGCUACUCGAUGGCUUUGUCAUGUCUCCAACUUCACGCCGAGAUGGCUCUCCAAACUUCCCGAGCUUUAGAACCAGCUGGUGGGAAAAGCAGCAGCAGCAUGGGACCGAUGAACAUAAGUCUACCUUCUGCUAUCUCUAAGCUGACAUCAAUCAAACUUCCUUCUUCAAAUGUUCUUCUCUAGCUAAUAUAGCUACAUUUCUUGAACUAAAUAAACUUAUUGUGUGUUAAUUCGAAUUUUGAUAUCUAUUGCAAUUUGCAAGUGUUUGUUUUGAAAAGUAGGAACUUGUUCAUUUUGAUUAACAAAUUA